UGUCAUCUAAUGCAUAGCAAGUUCACCUCUCUUGCACUCAGUUACUGAAGAGAAGACAUGGAAGUUGAGAUUAUCUCAAAAGAAACAAUAAGACCCUCUUCUUCUACACCACCACAUCUAAGAACUUAUAACCUCUCUCUCCUUGAUCAGAUAGCUCCUCCAGUUUAUGUUCCUGUAAUUCUUUUCUAUUCUCCUGAUGCAGCCAAUGAUGUUAAUCCCAGUAAUAAAUCUCAUCAUUUGAAACAAGCUUUCUCAAAAACAUUGACCCAUUUCUAUCCUCUUGCCGGACGAAUACAAGAUGACAUUUUCAAUAUUGACUGUAGCGACAAUGGUGCUUCAUAUACUGAAGUCAAUGUAGCUGGCGACAUGUCCAUGGUAAUCCAGGAACCGAACAUCCAUCAGCUUGAAAAACUAUUACCAUGCAACCCAUAUGAAAUGUUACCUGAGAUUAGCUCUCAGGAAAUCCUGAAAGCCCAAGUGAAUUACUUCGAAUGUGGUGAGAUCGCAAUCAGUAUCUGCAUUUGGCAUGUGAUUGGGGAUGCAACAACUGCGGCAUCCUUUAUCAAAAGCUGGGCUGCAAUUGCUAGUGGUGGUGGGGGUUACAGUGACAUUGACAAUGUGGUUUUCGAUUGCACCUCGAUUUUUCCUCCACAGAAAAUACACAGCUUCCUUUGGCGUAACUUCAUGACUGACGAGAUGUUGAGUGAUAUUUUGAUGAAAAGGUUCGUGUUUGAUGGUUCUAAGGUAGCUGCUCUGAGAGAAGAAGUCGGAAAAGGACCUUCUUUGGAUCAUCCAACGCGUGUGGAAGCCAUUGGCGCCCUCAUUUGGAAGGCUGUCAUGGCUGCUACAGGAAAGGAUUAUGUAGCAGCAACUGUUAUAGAUUUGCGGAAAAGAGUGGAGCCUCCAUUGCCAAAGAAUUGUAUUGGCAACAUCAAUCAAAUGGCAUUUGCUGCAGACUGUUCAGUGAUGGACUACAACUAUUUGGCAGGAAAAAUUCACGAGUCAAUAAAAAUGAUUAACAAUGAGUAUGUCAGGAAGAUCCAUGCAGGCGGUGAAUACCUGGAGCAUGUGAGGGAUUUAGCUGACCAGAAUAGGGAAAGUCCUGGGUGGUUGAACCAAUUCUCCAUCAGUAGUUGGUGUAGAUUUCCUUUCUAUGAAGCUGAUUUUGGGUGGGGAAAGCCAAUAUGGGUAACCACUGCCUUGAUUAAUAGGUGUGCCUUUUUGCUAGAUACAAAGGAUGGUCAGGGAAUAGAAGCGUGGAUAGGAUUGCCAAAGGAAGUCAUGUCAAAGUUUGAGCAAAAUCCUGACAUAUGUACCUACGCUUCAUUCACCCCAGCUGCUAUAUAGUGAAUUUUUGUGCGUUUAGCUGCUCAAAUUUGUAUUCUCUUAACAGAGAGAAGAAGUUCAAAGGAUGAUUGACAAUAAUAUUGGUGUUCCUUGUUCGGUUAA